CCGGCCCCGCCCCCGGCCCGCCGGCCCCGUCGGCUUCGCCCCGGCCAGCGGGCGCUGCAGGAGAUCCGCAGGUACCAGAGCAGCACCCACCUGCUCCUGCGCCCCGGGCCCUUCGCCCGCCUGGUGAGGGGGAUCUGCCUCAUGUUUACCCGGGGGGUGGAUUAUCGGUGGCAGCGGAUGGCGCUGGUGGCCCUGCAGGAGGCAGCAGAGGCGUUCAUGGUGCGGCUGCUGGAGGACGCCUCGCUCUGCUCACUGCAUGCCCGGCGCGUCACCCUCUACCCCAAGGACCUGCAGCUGGCCCGGCGCCUGCGCGCUUCGAGGGGGGGACACACACCCCCCUCCAACUCUUGGGAUCCCCCACCUUAA